AUAUUUUCUCUUUGCGGAACAGUUUUGCGAUCCUAUGAAUUCAUAUGAGGAGGAACAAUUUUUGUGGAGCAUUUUUAAUAUAUUCAUCUGUUGGCUUGUUUUUCCUUAUUCUGUAGAGUAGCAAACUGCAUUUUCUUGUUGAGAGGCUAAACUAAAUUGAUUUAAAACGCAAGAUGUACUGUAAUCUAUGGUAAUUUUGUCCUGUAAUACACCCAACAGAUAUGACUGUUUCCUCGCUCCCCAUUCUUCGCAUCUGCUCUUUUGUCUUAGAUUUUUUUUUGUAGUUUUUAUUUCACCACGCUGUGUGUCUGUUCAUGCUUUUGCUGCUGUUAUGUGUCGCUUAGUAAGGAGCAAUUUCACAAAGUCGCCACACGAGUAGCCAGCCGAAGCUUGUUACUAGCUCGUGGGCGCUACUCGACACAGUAGUUGGAAGAAACGCGCGAACAUCCACGGUCAAGCGAAACUUUUUGGGACCGCGGUUGAUGAUUGGUCUCGCUAUUAUUCAAUGUGAUUUGAUAAUGCGAAAGAUACUAAUUUUGCCUUUUUAACUGCAGUGAAAACCCGUUUAUUUUGAGACUUGAUAAUAUACAUACAGCGCCUUCAUGGGCUGUAAAGAGAAGGAGAACAUGAAAAGAGAAUAAGUUAAAAAAUGGGGAAAAACAACAUGUUGGGGUUUUUUUAAGCCCAAGUGCCUGUUAUGGGUUGAUUGGAUGUACCGGUAAUUACAUUUAGGAAUGAUAAAUGUUACUUGAAUAUCAGUAUAGUUAAUAAAGAUAAAAAAUGUCAACUUGUCCCUGGGAAUUCCAUUAUUUCCUAUGGGAAAGUUUGUUGUGAAACCCGAGUCAGAGGUUACAAUGUACAGGGAAAAUGAGUCCCAUCCAUUUUUUUCAUUGACAAAGUAGAAUGGACUUGGAUCAUUGCCUUAUCUGACAUCUGGAUUUAAGAAGCGCUACCUCUAACCUUUAUCCUCCUUUCUUGCCCUGCUCCUGUUAGAUGGGUGAAAACAACAUGGUAGGGUGAAAAAAAAGUACCUUUACAACACAUGCGACUGAAAUGUUAAUUUUCCAAAUUGGUUAAAAUCUGAAGUUUCGUUUUCGGGCGUUUAGUGUGUUUUUACGUUUUUAUACACAGUCUGUGAAUGUUUGUAGAAAACAAAUAUGAGAAAAGUGUGAAAUCACUCAGGGAGCUGUAAACUGUCACUGUAACCACUUUUUCGAUAAAUGUUCAUGACGAUAGUUAUUCAGCUUUUCUGAGACAGUUCAAAGGCCUGCUGUGGGAAUGAGCCCAUGGGACUCGUGGGACGUGGCUGUGGGCCUGUCUGGACACAUCAAACCCCCUCCCUCCCCUCCUAUCUGGAGUUGUUUGAGGAGCGAUCCCUCUGCAUCUGACCAGCUGUCCGCAUGUGUCCAGAAGAAGAAAGCUUCUGUUCUUUUGUUCUCCUGGAGUGAAAGCCAAACACACUGACUGACAUGUUUGUCUAACACUUCCCUUGUCCAUUUCCAGAGGAUACAAGGAAUGAGGAAGAUCUGGAGAUGAAGAGGGAACAUUGAUUCAUGAGGAGGACAAGAGCACGAGGUGAACAAUGAAGAAUUUGGCAAAAAUACAAGGGAGGACGGAACAACUGAAGCGACACAAGGUUGAAAAAAUUUCAGAAAGCAGCAAACAGAUACUGUUGACUGACAGUAAUCAACAUACUAAGAUGGAAUUCAAGUGGGCCAGGAGGUUCAGCGUGGCUGCAGGAUGGAAAGCAGAGUCAUACUCCGUGGCGACCGUCGACAGUACCAUUAACCUGGCGCUGGGCUCGGCGCCCCACCGGGCCUCAGGCAGCUCCAGCCCGGGCUCUGGAAGAUCACGGCACCCCGUCAGCGCCUUGAAGAAGUGGCUCACCAGCCCAGUCCGGAAGCUAAGCUCCGACGCCGGGGGAGGGACGGCGCGGGUCGACAAGCAGAUGUGCAGGUCGGACAAGAGACAGCAGCCGUCACUCCUUUCCAACGGCGGAGCUCAGCCGAGGCCUUUGGACCUGUAUGAUAGCGACUUCAUGAUCAUCCCCUCGACAGAUGCGGCGUGGAAUGAUAGGCUGUUGAGUCGCGAAGCUUCAUCGUCUUCUCUCCAGCCUUCCCGUGAGGGUGAUUUAUUGGACCUCCUGCCUGACGGAGAAACACAAAGUCUUAGCCAUACAUCCAGUGUCAACACUCUCCAAGAUGAGGACAACAGCUGCAAUGUGACCGAAGAUGCUGGCAGCCAGUUGUUGGUGGCUGUGGACAGCGAGGAAGAAAGAAACAUUGCCUUUGAGAAGAGCUUGUAUGUGCUGACAGAGUUGAUAGAGACUGAAAGGUUGUAUGUGGAAGACCUUGGACUCGUUGUGGAGGGCUAUAUGGCAGCCAUGACCAAUCAGGGCGUUCCAGAAGACCUUAAAGGGAAAGACAGGAUUGUUUUCGGAAACAUCCAUCAGAUCUACGACUGGCAUAAAAGUUACUUCCUGGGUGAGCUGGAGAAAUGUGUGGCUGAACCGGACACUUUAGCCCAGCUGUUCAUCAAGCAUGAGCGUCGUCUUCACAUGUAUGUGGUCUACUGCCAGAACAAGCCCAAAUCGGAGCACGUUGUCUCCGAGUACAUCGAGACCUUCUUUGAGGAUCUCAGACAGCAGUUGGGUCACAGGCUGCAGCUCAAUGAUCUGCUGAUCAAACCCGUCCAACGGAUCAUGAAGUAUCAGCUUCUGCUCAAGGACUUCCUAAAGUAUUACAGCAAAGCAGGGCGUGAUAUUGAGCAACUCCAGAGGGCGGUGGAGGUCACAUGUUUUGUGCCGAAACGAUGCAACGACAUGAUGAACGUGGGCAGGCUGCAAGGCUUUGUGGGGAAAAUCACAGCUCAGGGGAAGCUCCUCCAGCAGGAUACCUUCUCUGUGAGCGAGCAGGAAGGCUGCAUGUUGUCCAGACCCAAGGAGAGGAGGGUCUUCCUGUUUGAGCAGCUGGUCAUCUUCAGUGAGCCAAUUGAUAAGAAAAAGGGAUUUUCUUUACCUGGCUACAAUUUUAAAAAUAGCAUCAAGGUCAGCUGCUUGGGCGUGGAGCAGAAUUCCAGUGAGGGCCCGUGCUCUCUUGUCCUGACGUCACGCGGGACAAACGGCAGCGUGACUCGCUUCGUCAUGCAGGCAUCCUCUUCGGAAAUACAACAAGCUUGGCUCGGUGACGUUGUGCAGAUUUUAGAGACUCAAAGGAACUUCCUCAAUGCCCUGCAGUCUCCUAUUGAGUACCAACGAAGGGAGAGCAAAUCAAACAGCCUCGGCAGGAACAUGAAGUCUCCAAGUGGCCUGCAGCCUUAUUUGUCAGCAUCGAUGGGCCGCCAGCAGCAGCUGGGCCUGCUGUCUUAUAACACCUCCCUUCCGUCGCUGCAUCCGCCCCACCACAGCCCGGCUGCAAAAGCAGCCUCGAACCCUUGUGCCAUGACACGUCAAGCAGCCCACCUUCAGCUCUCAUCACAGCCACAGCUCACUUUAUGUCCUGAAAUGACAGGAAACCACCACAGCUUGCAGGUCGUGACUGCCGCUUUCCAGGCAGCCAUUCUUCAUGACAGUGAAACUUAAGCGCAUCAGCCAAAAACAGCAGCAUAUGAAUAGAACCGGAUGAGGAGCAUGUCGAAAGCCCGUCUUACCUUUUGAAUGCCAUUCAAAGACAUUUGGAUUUCCUGCAUGCACAUGGCAGCAUGUUUAGAUGAGAACUAUUAUUAAAGCACAUACUUUAGAGA